AUGUGUUUAUCAGGAACAACUUUUGUGUGUUCCAGUAUUAUUUGGCUCCAGUAUCCCUGCCAUCCAGUGCUGGAGCUAGGUUGUGGCAAAGGAAGGCAUCGUGGACUCAAUACCUCAACCACUAAUAGAGGGGCGCCCCGCCGGCUCUCUACUCGUAACGCCACAACAGUUGCAGCAACUGCAAAGGCUUCACGCUGGGGAGCAGGCGGGAGGCGCCCUAACCCUUACACUACAGCAGGGUGGUGGUGGGGUGGCUCCCCAGUUGGUUCUGGCUCCUCAGGGAUUUCUUUCGGGGUCAGGACAGCCUACUGA